GAAAAUUCAAAAUGAAGCAUUACAAGAGAGCCUCCAAUAAAAUAACUGCAUUUUCAACUUCAAAGAAGCAGACUACUAGCCAGGCUGCUCAAAGGAUAGAGGAACGGAAAUAAGAAAAAUGAAGAAAUGCUUCACCAGAUGCAGAAUAGGAUAAACAGCCAGAGUAAAUAAAAUGCUUGAUGACCAUCUAAAUACGAGAAACUUAGACAAAAAUUUUGAAAGCCGGACUUGAAAGGACACUAAUAGUGAAGCAAACAAGGUAAAGCAUACCACAAAUACUCUUAAAUAAAUCCAAGAAGCCUUUUGACACUUCAUACAGUAAGGCUUCAAUGGAGAGUAGGAAGAAGGGAUCUACUAAGACCAAAUCUAUCUCAUCUGAACUGAAUACCCAGACACAUGCAGAUUUUAGGAAGGGAGAUAACAAGAGCCAUGCCAGUCAUUCUAUUGUCUCUCAGAAAAAGAAAAGUGGAAGUGGAGAAAAGAAAUGAAGGCGAAAAGCGCCUAAUAAGAGCUCAGCUCUCCAUCAUCAGAAGAUGAAUGUUAAAAAUAAAAAAGUCAAAAAUUAUAGUAAGGAAAGCAACAGUAAGCAUCUGAGUCAAAUGAAGAUUGAGAAUACAGAGUCUGAGAGAGCACCUGUAGUGUUCUGUAAGAGAGGAGCCAAGAGAAAGCAGAUUAUUGAUCAGGAUUCAGACCAGUUUAGCCAGGCGAAGCAAUCUUUAUUAGAAGCUAAGGAGCCAGACCCUGAUGUUUUGUCAAAGAAUUCUUAUCUUUUCUCUCACGAACUCAGCUCAGAUGGGAAUACUUCAGCUCUGAAACCAAAAGAUUUUGGAAUUAGUGAAAUUGUCAAUGUGCAUACAAAAAGUGGGGGGAAAUUUAGUAAAACAGCUUCACUCAAGAAAUCUACAUUCCUUGGGGAAGAAGAGGAGGCAGAUUUGAUGAAUGUCAAUGAAUUUGACACUUAUGAAGACUACUAUGACAAUAGAUUAGUUAAAAUAGGUAAAUUGGCUGGACAUGGGAGAGUUCUUAAAACUUUACCAAUAACAAAGGAGAGCUUCUUAAACUGGCAAAAACAAAGCAUUCUCAAAUCUUUUGCUACUUCUCAAGAAGCCUCGUUUGUGUCGAAUAGACCAACUGAGCGUAUAGAGCCUGACAAGAUCAUGAAUGAAGUUAUUAAUCCUAGCAGACUCUUAGAAUCAGAGAAGAAAAGAUUUAAAAAUGAUAUAAUUCAAAAUAAUUCCAGGAAACCUACUAACUAUAAGCAAUUAGCUGCUGAAGGAAGUAGUCCUGGCCAAUUCUCAACUCCAUACUUAGACGAAUCCAGUAUUUUUGAAGAAUGCCAUCACGAUUCUGGCUACAGAGAGCCUUCACAUUCUUCAAUGAGAAGAGUUGAGGAAAUCAAGGAACAAAGGAAAGGAAAGUUACACAACUGAAACAAAGUGCAUGACUAUAACUUUCUCAAAGCCCAUGAGCCUAAGGACAGCGUAGCUAUUACCAGCAAUAGCGGCGAUAAUGGGCUCUUCAUGAAGGAAACUAUGGAUUGCAUCGAAACAUAUGAAGAGUUUGAAUCUCCAGAGAUUUCUGACGGAGAGGCCCAAAAUACUCCUAUAUUUACAAAUACUGAACAAGAAAGAAGCUUUGCUAAAAAUGAUUUGCUCAAGAAUAUUACUGAAGAGAAGUUGUCAGAUAUAGUUUCAACUCCAGAAAGAGAGAAGUUUGGUAAUCCCAAGAACUAUAGUACAGAAAUGGUGAGAAUCGAAUCUUCUGAGCAAAGAAGUAAUAAAAGUAUUGAUCUCAAUAACUUGGUCACUAAGGUCAAUAUUGGCCUGCCCUUUGUGCCAAAUAAGAAAGAUGAGUGAAUCCCAGAAGCAAUGGUGCACGAGCAAGGCCAAAAUAGUGUUGAAGAAGACAAGCAACCUUCUAUAAAAAAUUUGAAACAGAAUGAAGAUCGUGAUGCUCAAAUCACAAAAUAUGUUGAGAAAGAUAUAACGAAUAGUAUUGGAUCUAUCAAUAAAUCAGAUGUUUCUAUCGAUAAUAGCUGAGAUGAUAGUCAGAAGCUAGAAGAAGGUGAAGGUGAAGAGCAUCAGUCAGAACUUCACAAAGCUCAUUUAAUUCAAACUCUUCAAGCAAUUCAGUAUAUCAGAACCUUGGAUAACCAUUUUGAUUUGGAAGGAAAAUACCUUGAGUUACCCCCACAUCCGAUGUUUAAAAGUCCGGAAACUACAAAGACGAUUAUAUUUGACCUUGAUGAAACACUUGUGCAUUGUGUGGAUGAACCGGAGACAGAUAAUCCACACGUAGUUUUAAAAGUCACGUUUCCAACAGGAGAAACAGUUGAUGCAGGGAUUAACAUCAGGCCAUACGCUAUUGAGUGCUUGAAGGAAGCAAACAAAUAUUUCCAAGUAGUUGUCUUUACAGCAUCUCAUCAAUCCUAUGCUGAUGUUGUCUUGGAUUAUCUCGAUCCAAACAGAGAGCUCAUUCAACACCGGCUUUAUAGAAACUCUUGAGUCCAGACAAAGGAAGGAGUCUACAUUAAAGACCUGAGAAUAAUAGUAAAUAGAUCAAUGGAAAACAUAUGCAUCGUUGAUAAUGCAGUGUACUCGUUUGGGUUUCAAUUAGACAAUGGAAUUCCUAUUAUUCCAUUUUAUGAUGACCCUAAUGAUGAAGAACUCCAUCACUUAGUGUUUUACAUGAAAUGAUUGUCUCAGUUAGAAGACAUGAGAGUUCAAAAUUGAAAUGCAUUUCAACUAUCAGGCCUUGACUCAGCUUUUAUUGAGAAAUACCUUGAAGGAUACUAUUCCAAAUUAAGAGAUGAAGAAGCUCAUGAAAUCCACGAGGGGUAUGACGAGCAAGAAGAGUAUUAAACAUUACAGAUAGUG